ACCGGCCGCGGGAGCAGGGAGUAUUAUGGGCUGUGGGUGCCGCUGAGCAAGAUGGAGCUGUCUGCAGUGGGCGAGCGGGUCUUCGCGGCCGAAUCCAUCAUCAAACGGCGGAUCCGAAAGGGACGCAUCGAGUACCUGGUGAAAUGGAAGGGGUGGGCGAUCAAGUACAGCACUUGGGAGCCCGAGGAGAACAUCCUGGACUCGCGGCUCAUCGCAGCCUUCGAGCAGAAGGAGAGAGAGCGUGAGCUGUAUGGGCCCAAGAAGAGGGGACCCAAACCCAAAACUUUCCUCCUGAAGGCACGGGCCCAGGCCGAGGCCCUCCGCAUCAGUGAUGUGCAUUUCUCUGUCAAGCCGAGUGCCAGCGCCUCCUCACCCAAGCUGCAUUCCAGCGCUGCUGUGCACCGGCUCAAGAAGGACAUCCGCCGCUGCCACCGCAUGUCCCGCCGCCCUUUGCCCCGCCCAGACCCCCAGGGGGGCAGCCCUGGCCUGCGCCCACCCAUUUCACCCUUCUCCGAGACGGUGCGCAUCAUCAACCGCAAGGUGAAGCCUCGGGAGCCCAAGCGGAACCGCAUCAUCCUGAAUCUGAAGGUGAUUGACAAGGGCCCAGGUGCAGGGGGCGCCGGGCAGGGGGCCGGGGCACUUGCCCGCCCCAAAGUCCCCUCCAGGAACCGCGUCAUCGGCAAGAGCAAGAAGUUCAGCGAGAGCAUCCUACGCACCCAAAUCCGCCACAUGAAGUUUGGUACCUUCACGCUGUACAAGCCCCCACCCGCCCCUUUGUCACCCCCACCAGCUGGCAAAGCCGACAUCACUGCCUCCACGGGCCCGGGGCUACUCCUGGCCACCCCCACCACCCCCUAUGAUGCCCGCAGCUCCAGCUCUUCUGGCUGCCCCUCGCCAACACCACAGUCCUCCUCCGACCCUGAUGACGUGCCCCCCAAGCUCCUCCCCGAGACCGUGAGCCCAUCUGCUCCCGACUGGCACGAGCCAGAGGUGCUUGACCUGUCCAUUCCUCCUGAGUCAGCAGCCACCAGCAAGCGGGCACCCGCCAAUGUCACUACCACUGCUGGCCAGGCACUUCCCACGGCCCCGGAGCCCACUGGCAUCUCCUCUGAGCCAGAGGCUGGGGAUUGGCGCCCUGAGAUGUCACCGUGCUCCAAUGUGGUCGUCACCGAUGUCACCAGCAACCUCCUGACGGUCACUAUCAAGGAAUUCUGCAACCCUGAGGAUUUCGAGAAGGUGGCUGCUGGGGUAGCAGGCGCCGCAGGGGGGGGUGGCAGCAGUGGGGCAGGCAAGUGAGGAGGCUCUACUAAGGAGGAGGGUUUUGGGGGGGCCCUCCUGCUCAGAGUCACACUCUUGCUCCCACCCAUCUUUGCUGCCCUCAGACCCCUCUGCCUGUGCUUUGCUUGUUUCAAAUGGCUCAGUGUUGACCCAGGGAUGGGGCUGGGCAGUUGGAGCCCCUGAAGGCCAGUGGGCGGGGGCAGUUCUGGGCCGGGUUAGGGUUGGGGCCAGGCAGGGGCACUGAAAAGUGCCCCCUCUUGUCCCUUGCUACCCUCCGUACCCACGCACAGUGGAGCCCGCUGGGUGGUUUCUGGGGAGCCCCAGAACCUAGGAUUCACCUGCCCCUCCCAAUCCCAGCCCUGUCUCUUCCCAGCUUGCUUCCUGCUCUUGUGCACAGCAUCUGAUUUCUCGGUGCUAAUGGGCAGCUGCGGAGGCUCUUAAGAGACUCCCCCCACCCACGGUGGGCACAGUCCCUUUCUUCCUGCAGAUGCCUGGGCAGGAGGGGGCAGGGAUGGCCUCCUGCCUGUUUUGCAAAGCCCCAGACAGAAGUUGAGGAUGAGGCCAGGCCUGGCUCCUCCUUCCCCAUCAGAAAAGCAUCAGAAACUGGGCCAGAAGUGUGGGUCUUCUCUGCCCACUUUUGAACACGGCCAAAGCAGACCCCAUGACCCGCCUUCACCCCAUCUGUUUCCUAGCCCCCUUCUCGAAAGUGAGAAGAGUGGGCAGAGGACUCGCCCAGCCGCACCCUCCCAGCAUCUAAAGGCCCCUUCAGUCCCUGACCAAAGGUGCUACAAGAACCUGCUGGGCACUUCCAAUUGUGCGUGUGCAUUCACCCUCUUGGCGUGUUUGUGCGUGGACCCGUAUGUGCACUGGGUGCUGGGCCCCUGGCCUUCCAGGCGGCACCUUUUACAGUUCCUCAGAACAGGGUUGUUGAAGGCCUGAAGCUCCCUUCCCCUCAGUGGGACCUGGGGCCCUGGCUCAGGUCUGGGGAGUUUGCUGUGGAAGCCGCUAGGCCUCUCCUCCUGGCCCAGGUGUGCUGGAGGCCCCGUGCCCCCAUGCCCUCUGCCUUGGGGUGGUCAGCCCGGCCAGUCGGGCCUUCACUGCAGAUGUGGCACACUGGGGACUGAGGUGGAGAGGGGAGACCCCCCACUCCAAGCUUCCUCUUGCUCCUGGUGUUUGGGGAGGAAAGAUGGAGCCUGGCAGUCAUUCCCGAGGGUCUCCCAGCUUCUCCCACCCGCUCCAUGUCGCUUCUGCCAGCUGAGGCUUUCUCACAGCCCAGCCUGCUCGAAGCAGUGGGAGGCCUCCGGUGCCCUGGGCAGCUUCUGUUUCCCUCUGCUGCCAGGGAGCUGCGGCGGCGCACCAGUGGCAGAGACCAGAGCCCCCAG